CCCAGAACGACUUGCGACUAGGCGAUCCUCGGCAACUGAGUCUGCCACUCCUACACAUCUUGCGCCCUUGAGACGCUCAUGCGAUGAGGCGUCCGUGACUCCGUUUCAUCCCUCCCCCGCGUUUCCAUACUACCCCGAAUUGAGGAAUUUCGAUACUCUGCCCAAAUGGCGGAAGAGUCCCCUGAGCUCCAGGCCGCUUUGCGGAACCUAGAUCGGGAAUUGGAGGAGGGCGAUAUCACCGAGAAAGGAUACCAAAAGCGACGAACUGUCCUGCUUUCCCAGUUUCUCGGUCCGAAUAAGCCUCUUGAUAUCAAUACUCACGCCAAUUCCCUUCACGAUGCCCCCGCGUCCGGUUCCAUGGCCCCGCCGGCAAUUUUGAGCGUUCGCCCGCCGACUGCCGACUCUUCACAACAUAUCAAAUCCCCCACCUACUCAGGUGGUUUCGACGACUUACAAAGCGGAGGUCUCGGAUAUGGUGCUGGUAUAGACGCACAUGAUGCGUCUUUGGCAUCUCCAGGAUCUCAUGACAGAGACAGCACAGGCAUGCUCCAAGCCCGGGAUCGGAUGCCCUCAUCGGGCUCCUACGACUCUUUGUUCCUUCCAAGGCCACCAAUUUCUGGCUCGCAAGGUCCAGACGGCUCUCGAACCGCAACUUUAAUGAGCCAAAACUACGCAUUCAACCCAAGCUCUCAGGCCGAGUAUGUGUCCCAGGCUGAGUACACGCAACCAGAGUAUGCCCAGGCUGAGUAUGCGGACGAUGGCAUGGGAUACUACGAUCCUGGAUCUGGCGGGCCCACGCGACAGUCUACAAUGCUUGAUUCCCAACAGGGAUACUUCUCCGACUUUGCGGGGCAACAGCAUGAUGACUAUAGGGAUAGCUAUGGGGGUGGCUUCCAUCGCUAUUCUCAGUCCGGAGAGGCCUUCUCACCCACCGCAAACAUGGCGCCGCCCCUGAUCCCGGCAUCUGAACUUCAGCAUGGACCGGCGAUUGAGCAUCUCCAGCCCCUUGAGCCCCGAGAGAUACCAUUUGCGCUGAACGACCCGCAUGACAAGAAUAUCCCGAUGGCCAACUUUGACAACCUACCCACGGUCUUACGGCACCGCGCUCGAGCUCACCCAAAGCAGCCGGCAUAUUGGGUACUGGAUACAAAAGGCAAGGAGGUUGCAUCGAUCACCUGGGAAAAGCUGUCUACCCGUGCGGAGAAAGUUGCUCAGGUCAUUCGCGACAAGAGUAACCUCUACCGCGGAGAUCGAGUUGCUCUGAUUUACCGCGAGGCUGAAAUCAUCGAAUUUGCCGUUGCUCUCAUGGGUUGCUUCAUUGCAGGAGUUGUAGCAGUGCCAAUCAACAGCUUGGAUGACUAUACAAGUCUCAACCUCGUGCUUACAUCGACGCAGGCCCACCUGGCUUUGACCACGGAGAACAAUUUGAAGAACUUCCAACGUGACAUCACAGCACAGAAGUUGAAUUGGCCACGAGGUGUUGAAUGGUGGAAAACAAACGAGUUUGGCAGCUUUCAUCCGAAGAAGAAGGAUGAGACGCCUGCUUUGCAGGUCCCUGACUUGGCCUAUAUCGAGUUCGCCCGUGCUCCGACGGGUGACCUGCGUGGUGUCGUGAUGAGCCAUCGAACAAUUAUGCACCAGAUGGCAUGCUUGAGUGCAAUUAUUUCCACGGUGCCCACGGAGUCAAGCGCGAGGCAAUAUGGAACCAAGGGGGAGACCAUCAUCAGCUAUCUCGACCCGAGACAAGGAAUCGGCAUGAUCAUGGCUAUUCUCUUCACUGUGUACGGUGGGCACACAACCGUGUGGCAUGAGAACCAAGCUGUUGAGACACCCGGCCUGUAUGCCCACCUUAUAACCAAGUACAAGGCUACAGUCAUGGCAACCGACUACUCUGGCUUGAAGAUUGCCACCUACAACUACCAACAAGAUCCGAUGUCAACUAGGCAUUUCAAGAAGAACUCCGAGCCUAAUUUCAGCAGUGUUAAAAUCUGUCUGAUUGAUACCCUUACUCUUGACCCCGAAUUCCAUGAAAUCCUGGCAGACAGAUGGCUUCGUCCAAUGAGGAACCCCCGGGCUAGGGAAAUUGUUGCCCCCAUGCUGUGUUUGCCAGAACAUGGAGGCAUGGUCAUCAGUAUGCGCGACUGGCUGGGUGGUGAAGAGCGAAUGGGAUGUGCUUUGACACACGAAAUGGACCCUGCCAGCCGUGAUGAUGACAAGAAAGAAGACUCGAGCCUGACCAAGUCGGAGCACAACACUGGCUUCGGAAGUAGUCUUCUAGGUGGUGGAGCACGUGUCUCGACACCCAAGAAGAGCGACAAGAACGAGCUUAGUGAGGUCCUUCUCGACAAAGAGGCCUUGAAAAGCAAUGAGGUCGUUGUGCUUGCCAUGGGCGAGGAUGCCCGGAAGUAUGCUAGCAGUAUGCCUCAUGCUGUCCGUGUUGGUGCCUUUGGCUACCCAAUUCCUGACGCAACCCUCGCUGUUGUUGACCCCGAAACCAAUCUGCUUUGUACGCCAAAUGUCGUUGGAGAGAUUUGGGUUGAUUCACCAUCUCUAUCUGGUGGCUUCUGGGCGUUGCCAAAGCACACCGAGGCUAUUUUCCAUGCUCGUCCCUAUAAAUUCGAAGAGGCCAACCCGACUCCCAUCCUUGUGGAACCAGAGUUUCUGCGCACUGGUCUGCUCGGCUGCGUGAUUGAGGGCAGACUGUUCAUACUUGGUCUUUAUGAAGACCGUCUCCGUCAAAAGGUGGAGUGGGUUGAGCACGGUCAAGAGAUUGUCGAACACCGAUACUUCUUCGUUCAACAUCUGACUGUCAGCAUUCUCAAGAAGGUGCCGAAAAUCCACGAUUGCACUGCUUUUGACGUGUUUGUCAAUGAGGAACAUCUUCCGGUCAUUGUUUUGGAGUCCUAUUCAGCUUCGACGGCACCGACAACUUCUGGCGGCCCACCAAGGCAGCUCGAUUCGGUCCUUUUGGAUUCAUUAGCAGACAGGUGUAUGGAGGUUUUGUACCAGGAGCAUCAUCUUCGGGUAUACUGUGUUCUUCUCACAGCCCCUAACACUCUCCCUCGUGUCACCAAGAAUGGUAGACAGGAGAUUGGUAACAUGCUCUGUCGCAAAGACUUCGAGGCUGGUAUGUUGCAAGCUGUGCACGUCAAGUUUGGAGUUGAACGAUCGGUGAUGAACCUGCCUGUUGGCAUUGACCCCGAGGGAGGCAUUUGGUCACCUCUUGCUCUAUCAUCACGACAGGACAUGCUUGCAUACCAAGAAAAGCAGUACUCCGGUGUUGAUUAUCGUGAUGUUGUGAUGGAUGACCGAACAUCCACGCCAUUGAACAACUUCAACACUAUUGUCGACCUUCUGCACUGGCGGGUUUCCCGUCAAGCCGAAGAACUUGCAUACUGUUCUAUUGAUGGCCGCGGAAAGGAAGGAAAGGGUAUUACUUGGAAGAAGUUUGACUUGAAGGUCUCCGCGGUAGCAACCUACCUGAAGAACAAGGUCAAGGUGCGACCAGGAGAUCAUCUCGUUUUGAUGUACACGCACUCGGAAGACUACAUCUAUGCUAUCCAUGCAUGCUUCUGCUUGGGCGCUGUUGUCAUUCCUAUGGCACCCAUCGAUCAGAACCGUCUUUCAGAGGAUGCCCCCGCAUUCUUGCACAUAAUCAGUGAUUUCAACGUCAAGGCAAUCAUUGUUAACACGGAAGUUGACCAUGUCAUGAGACAAAAGCUCGUCUCGCAACACAUCAAGCAAUCUGCUCAGGUCCUUCGAAUUGGCGUUCCUGCAAUCUACAACACCACAAAGCCCUCCAAACAGUCUCACGGAUGUCGUGAACUUGGUUACACAGUGAAAGAUACUUGGCUCCAAGGAAACCAGCCAGCUCUUGUUUGGACCUAUUGGACACCAGACCAGCGAAGAAUUUCCGUGAAUAUUUCUCACGAAACUAUCAUGGGCAUGUGUAAGGUUCAGAAGGAGACUUGCCAGAUGACCAGCUCGAGGCCGGUACUUGGAAGUGUGCGUAGUACACUGGGACUUGGAUUCCUUCACACCUGCUUGAUGGGUAUCUUCGUCGGUGCCCCCACGUAUCUUGUUUCGCCUGUCGACUUUGCACAAAAUCCAAUGACCCUCUUCGUCACCCUCGCUCGAUACAAGGUCAAGGACACUUACGCCACUAGCCAAAUGCUGGACUACGCGAUGAGUGCUAUGGCAGGAAAGGGCUUCCAGCUUCAGGAAUUGAAAAACCUGAUGAUCUCCGCAGAAGGGAGACCCAGAGUGGAUAUUUACGGCAAAGUACGCCUACAUUUCGCUAAUGCCAGCCUGGACCGCACUGCGAUCAACGUCGUUUACUCGCACGUUCUCAAUCCCAUGGUUACCACAAGAUCUUACAUGUGCAUUGAGCCGAUCGAGCUCUGGCUCGACCUACGAAGCCUCCGUCAAGGUCUCAUUUACCCCGUCGACCCUGACGCAGAUCCUACUGCCCUGUUGUUGCAAGACUCGGGUAUGGUACCAGUCAAUACACAGAUUGCGAUUGUGAACCCGGAAACCUGCACACUGGCUCACGUCGGCGAGUACGGUGAGAUUUGGGUUCAAUCUGAUGCCUGUGCUCAGGGAUUCUACAAAUCAAAGCAAGAGUUUGAUUCCGAGCGGUUAAAUGGCCGCGUUGCGGAUGGUGAUCCCAGCGUGCCUUAUGUCCGGACCGGUGAUCUUGGUUUCCUUCACACUGUUACUCGGCCGAUUGGUCCUGGUGGUCAGCCGGUCGAGAUGCAGGUGUUGUUCCUUCUUGGAAGCAUUGGUGAGACCUUCGAAGUCAACGGACUGAAUCAUUUCCCGAUGGACAUUGAAUCCUCUGUGGAGAGGUGCCAUCGCAACAUUGUCAAUGGAGGAUGCGCCAUUUUCCAAGCUGGCGGCUUGAUUGUUGUCGUGGUUGAAGUCACUCGCAAGGCAUACUUGGCCUCCCUCGUCCCUGUCAUCGUCGAUGCUGUGCUUAAUGAGCACCAGGUUGUGGCAGACAUUGUUGCAUUCGUUUCUCACGGUGACUUCCCUCGUUCUCGUCUAGGCGAGAAGCAGCGAGGAAAGGUUCUGGCUUCGUGGGUAACCCGGAAGCUGCGAACAAUUGCUCAAUUCAGCAUUCGCGAUAUGGAGGGCUCCGACAAUCCAUUCGCAGAGAUGCCCCAGCAUCGUAUGAGCAGGAUCUCCAAGCCAGGAAGCACCAUGGGCAACAGCAUUCGCCACUCGACCAUGAAUCCCGAGAUUGAUCCUCUUCCCCGCUCACCCGCUGGAGUGACGCUGGAGGAAACCAUCCACCCAGAAGCUACUUAUAGUAACGAUGUGCCUCCACCGAUGCCACAUGAGCUUGAUACUACCACGGAUAACGCCGUGGCUGCAAACCCUGUCCCACAGCCUAAUCCCACUGUGCCUUACGUCAAGGAACCCCAGUCUGCCACGCUAGUGACCGAGUUUGACGAUUCCCACCACGACACGCUGGACCAGGUGGAUGGCAACCCCGGCGCAGACCGCGACUUCCGUUUCAGCUUUGACAUGGUCAAUACUCCUAUGGCGCCGCAAUCGCAAGGAUUCAUUCCCCCUGGCAGUGAGCGGCCUUCAACCGGACGAGAAUCGCUGCCUAGCCAGCAGGGAUGGGAUUAUAGUAAUGCACCUACAAUUGGCACAGCACAUGCCGAUUCAACACGGCCCGCAACACAGGACAGCGGGCAAAUCGACGAUUGGCCCCAAGAGGCCUUGAUGUACCAAUCCGCACUUGGAGAGGACAGCCAAGACUUCCACACAGCAAAUAGCCACGGUGCUCCAGCGCGGCGGUAUGAUGGCUCUGGGUACGAUGCUUGAGUUGACCGCGUAUGCGAUACAUGUUUCCCGUCAUUUAUUGCUUAAAUGCCCUGGGGCAUGCUCCUUGAUUUUUCGGUUUUGUGACUGUUAUAUUCUUAUUUUCCCGUAGCAUUGCGCUUUGGUUGUUCUGUUUUCGUGUUUUGUUUUCAAAUACCUCGAUCAGCCUUAUGUUUACUUCGCCCUUCUUGCAUGUUGCGCUUUGUACAUACAUAACAACCCGAUUUUCACUACGGUUGAUGUCUUUUGUUUUUCCC